AUGUAUCUUAAGAAAUUAAAACACGACGAAGAAAUGAUUGGAAAAUAUUUGUAUUACUAUUUCAAAAUCAUUGGUAUGGCAACUCUAACUUUUUCCACGGACAUUAAGAAAAGCAAACGUCAAGAAUAUCUAUUUACUCGAUCGAAAUUCGGAGCAGCAUAUAAUGUAUGUCUUUUAAUAAUUUUAACUGUUUCAAACUAUUUCAGUAUUAAAGUUAUUUAUAUUAGGUGUUUAUACUAUUCAUUAAGCGAAGUAUCACAAGAUAUAUCUGAUUUUUAUUCCCAACCGAUAAUGAUCAGCGUGUUUAAUGUAUUUUGUUCUUGCAUAUGUUUAUCGUAUUACAUCAUCAAGCCCAUCGCUCUCGGCCGAAAUUGGCUCUCUACGCAUGUCGUUAUUUCCGAUAUAUCCAAAUUAGCUCUACAUUCCGUUUGCUUCGUUAUUUUGACGAUAUGCAUUGCUACGACAGUCAACGAGAGUAAGAAAACUGGUAGACUCGUCAACGGUACUAUAAUCAAUUGCGAAAGUUUGAAAAUAAUUGAAGAGAUUGCAGGCUCAAUUACAACGUAUUUAGUUAUACUUCUACAAUUUCAGUGA